CAUGCUUUUGUGUGCUCCAAAGUCCCUGACAUAUCUCACACACACACACACACAAGUGGAGCUUAAUCCUUAGAGUCUCUUAGAUUAAUGGCAACUGCAGAAUUGAUUCAAAUCAUUUUUUCUAUUUGAAACUUACGAAGAACUUACGAAGAAGAAGAAAAUAUUGAACUUUUCUCUUAGUUUGUCUGUAGCUCACUCUUAUGUAAUAUAUGACAUGGCAUGUGUGUGCACAUGUUUGCUGUAUGUUAGAUUAGCCUGAACCGGAUUACAGAUUUAAAUUCAUCUCCACAUGGGAAAACUCCUGUCUUAACUGCAAAGGAAUUGCUCUGCUCUAGCUCAAGAUGAUCGACUUUAGCCAGAUAUUAUCAGCUAUUGGGGAUUUCGGCCCAUUCCAGAAGCGCCUGCUUGGGGUAAUAUGCCUCCCCAACAUCUUCUCAGCUUUUCACAUGUUUGUCCAGGUGUUUACUGGCCUGAAUUUCCCACACAACUGUAAUACUAACUGGAUUCGGAAACCAGGGCCGAACCUGACUUACGAGGAGCAGUUAAAUUUGACAGUCCCUAAAGACCCAGCUGGCAAGUAUGAGAGCUGUCAAAUGUUCACUCCUGUUGAACUUGAACUUGAAGUUAUUGAAGCCUAUGGACUAAACGCAACAGAGGAAUGCAAAGAUGGCUGGAUUUACCAAGUGCCUCAAGGGACUAGCACCUUAAUUACAGAGUUUGACUUGGUGUGUGGCAGUAAGAGUCUGAAUGAGACCUCGCAAUCUAUCUACAUGGCUGGACUCCUCAUUGGGGCUCUGCUGUUUGGGCCAAUGUCUGACAAAUAUGGCCGGCGUUUUGUCUUGUUACUCUCAUUGGCGGUGCAGUUCUUGUUCGGUGUGGGUGCUGCUUUCUCCCCCAACUUCUAUGUUUACAUUGCUCUUCGUUUUGUGGUUGGCGUCACUAUAUCCGGCAUCACCAUCACUACCAACAUCAUAGGCCCUGAGUGGUGUGGUCCAUCUCGUCGGGCCCUCUUCACCAUCCUGUCUCACUCUUGCUAUGCCCUGGGGCUGAUGUUACUAUCCGGCUUGGCGUACGGCAUCCGCAAUUGGAGGGUCCUCCAAUUAGUUGUGUCCGCUCCAAAUCUGGUCUUCGGCGUCUACUUCUGGAUCCUGCCAGAGUCGGCUCGAUGGCUCCUCACCCAGGGCAGACAGGAGGAAGCCAAGAAGAUAAUCCUGAAUGCAGCCCGGGUCAACGGCAGGAAAGUUUCAGAAUCUCUGCUUGAAAGGCUGGAGGCAGAGAACACGGUCAGAACUGGCAACAUGCUGGACCUUUUCCGAGUGAGGAAUCUGAGAAAAAGGACCUUGAUCAUGUGCUACAUCUGGUUUGUGAUCAGCCUGGUGUACUAUGGGAUCAGUCUGAAUGUGGGAAACUUUGGCCUGGACAUCUACCUGACGCAGUUCAUCUUUGGCAUUGCAGAGCUUCCUGCUCGUCUAAGCUGCUACCCACUCGUUGAACGCUUUGGCAGAAGGAAAUCUCAAAGUGCAGCGUUACUCCUCGGGGGAACUGCGUGUCUGGUCAUUCUUGCCAUCCCAGCAGAGUACCCCAUAGCGGUGACUGUCAUAGCAGUGGUGGGCAAAUUCUCAAUCGCUGCCUCCUUUACCAUAGUCUAUGUGUAUACUGCUGAGCUGUACCCCACUGUCGUGAGGCAGAAUGGGGCGGGAUUAAACGCCAUGUUUGCCCGUGUGGGUGGGAUUCUGGCUCCUCUAAUUGGUCUCUUGGAUAUCUAUCAUCACGCCAUUCCAAUGGUAAUCUAUGGGAGUUUACCGUUUCUGGCUGGAGCGCUUUGCUUUAUGCUUCCCGAGACCCUGAACACCGAGCUUCUGGAUCACACUGACGCUCUCAUGGAUAAGGACAUGAAGUCAAAGACGGGAAGUUUUGAAAACGGAAGAAACGACCAAGAAAUGACUGAAGAGUCACCACAGGACACUGAAUUAUAAAGCAGUGUUUGAUGAAGUAUUUUCAGAAACGUGUGUUGAAUUAUUUGCCAUGUCAUUGAUCACAUAUUGUUGAAGAAAUACCGAAAGACCAAAGUAAGCGUGUUCCAAACAUCCUCUAAUGACGACAAAAGAGCUUGUGGAUAUAUGUGCUGUAAAUAAAAUUAAAUUUAAUUUAAAAAAAAACCUGAAAUAUGUAUUUCUAUAAAACAUCCCCAAAGUCUAGCAGUUUGUCGACACUACUUAUGAGUUUUAUUAAUUUUUCUGUUGUGUAUUUGACCAAAGGUUCAGUAUUAAUACAUAAUACAGCUCUAAGACUCUUUGACUUGACUAUUGAUGGAUUUCUAGUGAACACAGAAAUAAAUACAGAUGCGCUUCACCCGUCCUGCUGCCUGAGGAAGACGUUAUAAAACGUAUUUUUGUUCAUGGAAUAAAGAAUGACAGCACAUUUUA